AUGGCUGAGUCUGUCGUUCAUCGCAAGACGUUCCCAACAGAAACAGAAGUUUCGGGUGGAAAAUCAAUGGAUCUCGAACACCUAGAAACUGUUUCUUCAUUAGGAGCUGAAAAUAAUUAUAAAACAAUGAAAAAGGCUGAUUAUCUCACUCUUGUGACUGGACUUAUGAACUCUUCAAAUAACCGUGACUUUUACACAAUGAAUCAAAUGUUGGACCCCCUAAUUGAUAGCCGUAGGGUUGGGUUUUUGGAUUCAGUUUCAGCUUUGCAUUGGUGUUGUUACGCAGGACACGUGGACCUGGUUAACAGACUUUUGGAUGUAGGAUGUGAUCCUUUUCUGGCUGACCCAGUCAACUACGAAACACCAGUUUACUACGCAAUUAAGUCCUCAAACUCCUAUAUAAUCUCUAUACUCCUUAAGCGUUUUGGACCCUUAAUCCUCUGCCACGAAAACGUUAAGUGUAAAACUCCAUUUCUAGUCGCAGUCUCAGAGUUCACCUGCGAUAAUCUCGUCGCAGUUCUACACGUUCUUGAGUUCCUUUAUCUCUCUGGAGUCUCAGUAGACGAACAAGACAAUAAUGGUACUAGUGCAUUGAUGUAUGCAUGUAAGAGGGGGCAAUUGUUUGUGGUUCAAUGGCUUUUGAGAAGAGGAGCUGACAUAUCGCAUAGAGAUCACUAUGGAGCGACGGUGCUUCACUACGCAGCUUUGAGUCCAAACUUAGAUGUCCUACUUUUCCUGGCACAAAACGGACUUGCACCCCUCACUUGGAUUAAGUCAAUUAGCAAUAAUGAUUACAACGAAGUGUUUGAUCAAACACCUAUGGACCUAUGCUGGGAAAAGGCGAACCACCUAAGGUACAUGCUACUCUGGCUAUUUUGGCUCCAAUGGAAGGUCUUUGGGAAGGUUUUUAGGUUCAACAUGUUUUAUCCAAUUCUGUAUUGGAUAAUGAAUUUAUUUAAUUUGGCCCUAGUUAUCCCUAUGUACCGCUCUCUCAAGGAUUCAACCAAUUUUCCCAACUCUGUUUUCUAUUCUUGCCUUGCAUUCUUUCUCGCCACUAACGCUCUCUGGAUCAUCAACAAAUUGAGUGAUCCUGGAGUUGCACCUAAUAACAAAAAUGAUCGCACAAGAGCUUUUUCACCAACCAAUGAUGAUGUGGGUGGAUUUGAGGGGGUAUUGGAAUCACUUCACAGACGACAACAGAUGGUAAAUUUUGAGUUUUACUGCGUAAAUCGGGACCUGAGGCGUCACUUCAUAAACUCGACAGCAGGAAAUUACAGUAGGAGGCACAAGUCAGGGUAUGUCGAUGAGGAACUUUGUGAGCCCCUAAACGAUGAGGAGUUGGGGAACCCAUUCGUAUCCAGAGUCACGGCCUGUAACGACGAGAUUAACAACAUUACAACUGAGAUGAGGUCUGUGUACCCACAGGUGGCAGAUGAAAGGUGUAACAAGAACUCAAUAAACUACAAUAAGGCAGUUUUAAACUUUGACACAACAAACAAAGUGUGCUUUACUUGCGGGAAAACAAAGGCUCCUAGAGAACAUCAUUGCUCUUUAUGCAAUACUUGUCUAUUGAGACAAGAUCAUCAUUGCGGUUGGAUAGACAACUGUGUUGGAGCUGGGAACCAGAGGGAAUUUUUUGUAUUUCUGACUCUUCUAGUCUUUGUUUUCUGGCACUUUUAUUUAAUCCUGUGUAAAUAUUUGGCCCAUAGGUUCCAGGGAGGAUUCAGCCUAUUUGAUGUGUUCUUAUUCCUUUACGGAUUCAUUGCAAACGGACUAAUGUCCAUCUUCGUCCUCUACCUGUGGACUAGAAUAGUGCGUUGUAUGAUAACUGAUGUUACCUACUAUGAAUUCCUCAAAAAGCCAAGCCAUAUCAGAGUAAGGUUCAAGGGGAAUGUGCAUGAUCGCUUCUGGGACUUUGCUGAUCUCAAUUUCAAAAACGUCCUUAAUAACAUUGUAAAAUUCUGGACAAAUAAUUUGGUUUAA